AUGGCAUUUCUUCCAAUACGCUCCAGGACAUUUACUUUCCAUCUCCGCGCCCUUCAAGAUGCCCGAUUAAGCUCCCACACCCCGACAGCACCACGGGGCUUAUCCAGUCUAACCACGGGACGCUUCCAAUCUGUUCAAUGCACCACCAAGAACUUCCCAAUUCAAACCCUCAGACCAACCUCUCUCUCUCCCGAACAGAGAUCCCUAAACGCAUCACCACGCAGUAACUUGAAUCUGCAACUCCAACAAUCCAGACUAUACGGCAACAGCAACAAAAAUCUCCCAACAGCCGAUGCUGUAAUCGAAGAACUACAAGAUCUUUACGAAAUAGCCAAAGACGAAUUCGAAAUCGCAACAGAAAGCACAGAUGGCGGAACCAUCUACGCUGCUUCGGAUCGAGAUUCUGCGCGCGAUGCGCUGAAUGACCUCUGCGCUACUUAUUUCUUGUAUACCCACAAGCCAGGUGAUGAAGAUACGGGGAUCCUGCUACGCUCUGGGGAGAAGCUGAGUGGAUCGAAGCUUCUCAGUGGGGAAUCGGUUAUUUUGAGUGAGGGACAAGAAGAGGGAGAGGGCAGAGUCGUUGAUACGGGAUUUGAGCCUCAGAAUGUUGAGGUAGCUGUGAGGGAGGAAGUGAGAAGGAGAGUUGGGCAGAGGGUUAGGGAAUUGAGGAAUGCUGUUGAGCAUUUGGAGGAGAGGGCUAUGGAGGAGUAG